GUCCUAAAAAUCUCACAAAACCUAAAAACGCUUGCUUCCUUCCUAAUCCCUCAACAGAAUUUAUCCCCGAAUAUCCCUUCCUUCUCCUCGCAAGAAACCCCCAAUUUUCUUAUAAAAGGCAGAACUUUAUUAAACAAACAAUCAAUAAUCAAUUAAUUUCCAACCAUGUCCUCAUCACCAACCCCAAUCCGCACUAUAGUAAUCCUCGUGCAAGAAAACCGCUCCUUCGAUCACAUGAUCGGUUGGAUGAAAUCCCUAAAUCCAUCAAUCGACGGCGUCACCGGCUCCGAAUCGAACCCGAUCUCCACCUCCGACCCAUCCUCCUCCACCGUCCAAUUCUCCGACCGGGCCGAAUACGUCGACCCGGACCCCGGUCACUCCAUCCAAGCCAUCUACGAGCAAGUCUACGGCGUCCCUUUCUCCGCCGGCGAAACACCCAUCACCCCUGCCGGCGUCAAACCAACAAUGAAUGGUUUCGUGCAGCAGGCGGAGAGCCAGGAAAAGGGCUUAUCGGAGGCGGUUAUGAACGGGUUUCGUCCCGAUUCAGUGCCGGUUUAUCGGGAGCUGGUGUCGGAGUUCGCGGUUUGCGACCGGUGGUUCGCAUCGAUGCCGGCUUCGACUCAGCCGAACCGUUUGUUUGUGCACUCGGCGACGUCGCAUGGACUGACGAGUAAUGAUACGAAGAAGCUCGUGGAGGGGUUGCCGCAGAAGACCAUAUUUGACUCCUUGGAUGAGGCGGGAUUUGACUUUGGGAUUUAUUAUCAAUAUCCGCCGGCCACUCUUUUCUACAGGAGCCUACGUAAGUUAAAAUACAUAGACCGGUUCCACCCAUUCGACUUGAGCUUUAAGAGACACUGUAAAGAGGGGAAGCUGCCCAACUACGUGGUGGUGGAGCAACGCUAUUUCGACCUCAAAAUCCUCCCCGGCAACGACGACCAUCCCUCUCACGACGUCGCCGAGGGCCAGAAGUUCGUCAAGGAGGUCUACGAGGCCCUCCGCUCGAGCCCCCAGUGGAACGAGAUCCUCUUCGUCGUCACCUACGACGAACACGGGGGCUUCUUCGACCACGUACCCACGCCAGUCGAUGGCGUGCCAAGUCCAGAUGGCAUCGUCGGCCCUGACCCCUUCAACUUCAAGUUCGACCGCCUCGGCGUUAGGGUUCCGACCAUCUUUAUUUCUCCAUGGAUAGAGAAAGGAAUAGGUAAAUCAAUGGCCAUCUGGCCGGACUCUUCGUCGGAGUUUGAGCAUUCUUCCAUCCCCACAGUGAAGAAGAUUUUUAAUCUCAAAAGAGUUCUAACGAAGCGUGAUGCGUGGGCGGGAACGUUCGACAUAGUUCUCACCAGAAUACUCCGAGGACGAGAUUGUCAGAUGAAAAAAUGUACAGUUACCCUGCCGGAGGUGAAGAAGAUGAGGACCACCGAAGCUGCCGAGGGCGCGCCGCUCUCCGACUUCCAGCGAGAGCUAGUUCAGCUCGCCGCCGUCCUCAAUGGCGACCAUGCGAAUCCAAGCAUCUUCCCUGACGCCCUAGUCCAAGGCAUGACUGUUGCUGAGGGCGCCAAGUACACCCAAGACGCCUUCAAGGCCUUCUUGCAGGAGGCUCAGAGAUGUCGCAAUUGUGGCUCCGACGAAUCUUACAUUGUUGCUCUUCCGGCGGGUGAUGAAGAGGAGGGGGAGAAGAAGAAAAAGAAGCCUUCGUGGUUUAAAAAGUGGUUGGCUUGCCUUGUUUGCAACCAGUCUUAAUUAAGCUUAAGUUGUGCUUAUGUUAUUUGAUUGAUGUUAAUACAUGUAAUUAUUGGUAAUUGGUAUUGGAUUAUUAUUUUAAUUGUUUUUUUC